AUGUUAGUAGCUACAUUUUUUGAUUCUUCUUCUGAGUUAAAAUCUUCAAAUGUUUUAUCUGACUCAUUUAAUACGUCUAAUUCUUUGAUAUCUAAUUUAUUAUCAAUUUUUGAAUUCACUCUUUCAAAUUCUUCUUUAGAAACCUCAUCAACUUUAAUAUUAUCUGAAUUUCUAUCAAAAUCAUUAAAAGAUGAUUUGCUGAGGUUUUCUUGUAAAUCAGAUGAUCUCUUUGUAAAAUAA